UUCAUCUGCUGGAGAAGAGAAAACAGACACUCGCGUCUUUACCUGGAGACAUUUAAACUGUCACGUGUCUGUGUUCGGCCUGUUGUGUCAAUUAAUUUUUGUUUUGUUUUGUUUUGUUUUUUUCUUGUGUGAGUCUGUCCUAAUGACCUGUCUCACAACACACGCCUGUGUUUCAGUGAAUCUGCCACUCGAGUUUCUUUAGUUUCAUCCCCACGUCGCCAAGAUGACACGGAUUUUCUGGGACGCAAUUUUACUCAUAAGCGGUUCCCUCUUUACGUUUGGGGCGGGGCCGAGCAAUUCAACAAUCCAAACUUCCAUUUCCUUCAAUACAAACUCUAUUGUCGCUCCAAACACACCAAUAAGCAACUCUGCGGCGAGUGUCGGUGCAACCCUCGCCACUGCCACUGACGUCCAUCCAGUUAAAAAUUCCCUCUUUACAUUUGGAGAAGGCCGGACUGAUUCGUCACUCAUCACUUCUGGCGUUCCCAUCCAUGCAAAUGACUCCAGCAGCAGCAGCAGCACCAGUGGUUCCACGACCACAACCACUGUGGCUACUACUACCACAAGCACCCCCCCAGUUAAGAAGUUCGUGGCGGCGGCUGUUCGAUCUCAUUUCGACGACUGUCCGGACUCCCACCGCCAUUUCUGCUUCCACGGUACAUGUCGCUUCCUGAUACUGGAGGAGACGCCCGCAUGUGUGUGUCAUCCAGGAUUCAUCGGGAUGAGGUGUGAACACGCCGACCUCCUUGCCGUCGUAGCAACUAACCACAGACAGCAGACGGUUGCCACAGUGCUGGUGUUGUGUGUUAUUGGGUGUGUUCUCGUCAUGGUGUUGUGUACACUGUUACAUUGCUGGUUGCGGCAGGACUGUCGAAGGCGGCGCUACGCACAUCACUACAUCCAGGACAAGCACGAAGCUUCCCGCUAUCCUUCUGAGAGUGUGGUUUGAGACGGCGUCUUGCAGAAGUGUGAGCUGCUGUUUAGUUUACCUCAUGAGUCUGACCUGCACACCCUCAGGAUCGCGUGGUAUUCACAUGUUCUGCUCAAAGAAGAAGCAGGAGCUUUACCUUCAGUGUGGCUGAGGGCGGGUAAAUGUUCCGUGACAUUUUCUUUCUUUUCUACAGUGACUUUUGUGGACCGCAGCAACAAACAUUGAUUCUACUGCAGUCUGUGUGUUUAAAGCUCUGAGGACGAAGCUGCUACCGAAUCCCUCACGCGAGAGCUCUGCGUGUCUCUAUUACUAGUUAUGGCAUGAACUAGAGGACGUGAUCAGAAAUGAUCUACAAGGCAACUUGGUUGCCAUGUUGUGUGGAUGUUUCGCUGAAGGACACCAACAAUUCAUCAACUUAAGUCAGAAGACGCCGGUUCCUAAUUUUGUCUUUUAAUGUCUUCGCACAAACUUUCAGAGGAACUCUUCGAGCACAGAGGACACUUUUUAAGAACAUGGGGCGGAAACUGAUGCUUUUUAGUGUCUGUUUUUAAAAGGAAAAUACUCACUUCACCUGACAGGAGUAGGAACUGAAACCGGACUGAGGAAUGGAUUAAAAACCCUGGAUAUACAAGGACGUCCAUCAAUAAUUAAACACAAACGUUGCACCUGAACAUUGUCCCAGUAUGGGUUUGGACAUGCAGAGAAGAAACAGGAGUUAUUUUAAACGACUGGACGACUAAGCUAGAGUAUCUGUCAGUUUUAUUCCUGAUCUGCACUUAAACAUGUUCAUGCAUCAGAGGUUUGUUUUUUUUACUCGCAAACUAUAACUCUAACUAUAACACGCACAUCCACGGUGGCUGCAAACGGCACGUCAGAAAAAUCGGCACUCAAGCGUCCACGUAAUGAAGGAGGCUUCUUACUUUGCCUGAAUGAGCACUGGCGGGGAGGAGGGGAGCACAUGGUGUGUACACAUCUUACCUCUCUAAGCAUGUGUUCACUUAAACACAGUCAACGGACACAACACAAUAUAUAUUUUUAUCUCUUCUUAAAUCUCAGUUGUGAUAGUAUUGCCUGUACUUUAAAUUGAAGAAAAAAAAAGCCUCUGAAUGUUUAAAACUAAUUCUUACAGAAGUGGGAUGAAAUAAGAACUGAUAGAGAUGUGAUACAGAUGUAAAAAGAAAAUCAACCGCGACAUUAAGGGGUUUGUGUAUUUACGCCAUAAGACUCUGAUGUGACGGUUAUGCUUUUGUUUGUUUACAUUCAAAAAUACACUGAUGUUUGCAUCAAUGUGCAAACAUAAAAAGAAAAAUAUACCGUGUAUAGAAGUCGAUGUGUUGUCACUAUUGGAAAAAACCUCUGUUACCUGCAUUUAUUUGUUUCCCUUAACAGACUUUUGUAUUUUUUAUUUAUGCACAUAUUAAAUAUCAUUCAUCUCACGUA